AUGUUCGAAAAGUGCAAAGAACAUCAAGAAAAACACCUCAACGGAAGAAAAGCUAUAACAUUUGAUGACAAUGGAGUGCCAAGAAUCUCCCAUGAACUUUUAGAGCAUGUUAUCGAACAAAUUCUACCAAGAAGUGAAGUCUACACCAUCAUGAUCUUAAAGUUAACUAUCAUUAUUUUGUUUCUGGUUUUGACGUUUUCGUCAAUUCUGAUUUACGAGAAGUCUAGUUUAAAUGAGUCAACGAAAGCACUGGCUGUCUUAAUGACUGGACUUUUGCCUAAAGUGUUCGAGGUAUUUAGCGAAGGAAGUUCCUACUGGAAUUUGGUUGAAACAGAAAACGCUUGCCGAAUCGAGAAAAUCGUGAAGGAUUUCUUGAGCCAAACUCAGGGCGAUAUAAAAUCUAACAUUGAAGACAUCCCUGUUACAACCAAGCACAGUCACCAUUUCAUAUCAAGUUCUGUUGAGGAAGAAAGUAAUCCGAGUCACAUGAGGCGCAAAACAAGAAUCAUUAUGCCAUCUGAUGACGAUGAUAAAGAUGUAUCUUUAGAAAUUCUUAGGGAAGGCAGAGAGUUCACUUUAUCACGUCGUCAACUAUCUCAACUCAAUACCCCAAGAACCAAUUCAAGCCUGUCCAAUUAUUUGUUAAUGCCGAAUAAAAAACCCAACGCUGACCCACUUAAAAUGAAUGAGAUACCCCCCGAGUCCACCAUCGAAAGGUGUGAAAAGGAAUUGUUGUCCCAAAAGAACAGUGUCGCGUAUUUCAAAAGUUAUGGAAGUUUUGAUUUGGCAGGUAUACGUUUAAUGAAGAAGCUAGUUUGGCUGCAUGAAAUUAAGAGCAAAGUUGCAUUUGAAACUACCUGGUUGCAGUUAGCCUUUAAAUACCACAGUUUGGAAGACCGCAAAAAAGUUGAGGUGGCUCUUCUCGACAGUGUUGUGAAUGGACGUCCCUUCAAAAUCGGACAUUUUCAGUGCAACAUUUCAGCGUUUGAGCUGUCAACACUCUGUGGAGAAGGAUAUCUGUGUGAUGAGACUAUCACUUUUAUGGUGAAUUUGUAUUGUGCAAGAGCCAAUGAAUCAAAAGGGAAAGCUGCCUUUUUUGUACUCGACCCAUUACUAGUUGAAGGAGACAGCCAGUUUGAGGCAAUACUAAGAAAUGCAUUCUUAGACAUCAACAUCAAAGAAGUGGAAGCUUUCUUUUGGCCAUAUUAUAUGCGCACUAAAAAACAUUGGGGUCUCUGUGUUUUCUGGUUAGCAGAAGCAACAAUCCGUUUUGAUGAUGGCCUCCAUUGUCCUAUUUCCAAUGAGUUGAAGAAAUGGUGUAACCAGAUACUUGACACUUUACAUCACAUCACUGGAGAGACCACACUGUGUUCUAGUGCUUGGAGCUUUGCAAGGUUUAAAGAACCCAUGCCAGAUCAGAUAGUGCAUGAGAAACAAGAACAUGGAACUGGAAGCUGUGGCGUCGGUGUUAUUCUUGCUGCAAGGGAUUUAAUCCAUGGCAUUCCAUUUGUAUGGACAUUCAAAAACGCAAUGUAUCAUCGUGCAGCCAUAAUGUUAGAUAUUGUAAAUUUUGCUCAAAGUUCUAUGGCGUAAUUUCAAAGUGACACUCUUCACAUAUGAAUACAAACACUUCCCACUAAAAACUUCACAGAACAAUGUUUUGGCAUCUUGUCAACAUUACCACACAGUGUUGUAAAAAUGUGAAGUGUAUUGGCAUUAAUAACCUGUACAUAUCAUAAUUUUAACCACAUAAGUCACAGAACUGUGCUAUUUAGAUAGCUGGUUGAAUCGGUGUUGGAAAGGUCGUUGGGCCCUCUUGUAACGAUGGGUCAUCGAUAAGUCUCGAUGAGGACACAACACCGUCGAAUCCUUCUGGUGACCAACUUCCUACAACAAGCAUUAAUGAACGCAAUCAAUCUACUUUGGAGGGUACUCCGGUACCCAAAACGGCCCAUUCCAACGUCAGAAGUAAAAAAUUCAUCGAUGGUAACAGUAGGAACCCAGACGAGCAUAUGUUGGUCGUAAGCGCUGAUGUUAAUCCCAGGGUGCAAAGUAUUAACAGCUGUAAUAGUGAUGAUUCAAGUGAUGAUGAAACGGUUCCGUUACUUUCGGGACAAUCGAGGAAUCGUAUGAUGUAGGACCAUAGCGAUGGAAUACCGUAUUCUUCUUGUAUCAAAUCUGACCUUAGUGAACAAUAUGUAUGCAUCCGAUCCUUGGAAUUAAACGAUGACUGUUUUUACACGUGACCUUCAGAUGGCUGCAUUGCUUCCAGGUGCGUGUUCCACUUUUUCUCAUUGUCGUGAAGAUAAAACAAGGGCACUAGAAUACCUAUAGUGGUUGGAUUUUUAAAGCCUUUCCUCCCGAUUAUUUGAAUCAAGAUCGUUAUACAUGUUUACUCAUAGAGUCUUUGUGUUUAGUCCUUUACUGCAAAGGGUUUCUAAAAUAACCGAUCAGUACUUAGCUUUGUACGUACCAACGACAACGGCGCGACCGUGGGUUUUGCAUUGCACAAUGGUGAUACUCAACCGCCUGUCAAUUACAGGACAUUAUUAUAGUCAAUGAAAUCGUUAUUAAAGGGUAGUUUGAUUGAAUAUAUUAAUGCUCCGCGCCCGGGGCUCCGCGAUUGACAGACGGUUGAGUAAUACUGAGGUAAUGAAUACCUCGCGGUCGAGUUACGUGACCUAGUGCCUUUGUACCGAUGAACGAUUCUGCACGAACUGAUCGACUAGUUCAGGUAUUUGACUAAAACAAUUAGUCCUAUGAGUCAAUAGACCGU